AUGGAUAUAGGUACGAUCUCUAAUGAUUUCCUACAUACAAUCCUAAAACCAAACUCAACAGCCUGCGAAGCUUGGACGGCGAUUGAGAACAUUUUCCAAGAUAACAUGAGCUCUCGAGCCCUUCAACUUCGCCACAAAUUUACCAACACCCGGCUUGAAGGCUUUUCUAAUAUAUUCGCAUAUUGCCAGCAAUUGAAGAUACUCGCCGAUCAACUCGCCAAUGUCGGUGCCCCGGUCGGCAACACUCAGUUGGUACUUCAAUUAAUCUCCGGACUAAAUGAACAGUAUGAAGGUAUCACAACCAUCAUUCAACAACAUGACCUGUUACCUACCUUUUAUGAAGCUCGGUCGAAGCUUAUACUGGUUGAAUCGCGAAAGGCGGAGCAAGCUCUUCAUGUCGCCAAGGAUGCCGGAACGGCGCUUAACGUUACCACUACUAAACAACUAGCAACCCAACAAGAAUCCAAUGACUAUCAGUCGGACGGUUUGUCGGAGAGAGGCCGUGGCCGGGGAAGGUCCAGAGGAUGA